CCUCCACUCCGGGGCCGACCCCCGACCCGGUGCGGCGAUGGCGGCGGUCUCUGACCCGUACGACUCGGAGCUGCGGUGCUUCGCCGUGUUCCGGCGGGUGUACGUGCAGCGGGACGAGGCGCGGCAGAUCGCCGCUGUGGUGCAGCGCGGCGAGCGGCAGCACACCUUCCGGGUCGGCAGCCUGCUGUUCCGCGCCAUCGGCAGGCUCCUCCCACAGCAGAUGAAGGCCUUCCACAACCAGGCCUCCAUCUUCCCCGUCGGUUACCACGCCAACCGCAUCUACUGGAGCAUGCGCCACAGCAACAGACGCUGUAAAUACAUGUGCUACAUCGAGGAGAAGGAGGCGGAGCCGCUGUUUAAGGUGAAGGUGGUGGAGAAAGGACACGACGACCUCAUACUGACCGGACCAACGCCCAAAGCUGUGUGGGACCAGAUACUGGAGCCCAUCUCCCAGAUCAGAUCCUCCAGUGGGACUCUGAAGCUGUUCCCAGUUUACCUGAAAGGAGAAGACCUGUUUGGUCUGACCACGUCUGCAGUGACCCGGAUCAUCGAGUCUUUGCCAGGUGUGGAGGCCUGUGACCGUUACACCUUCCGUUACGGCAGGAACCCUCUGAUGGAGUGGCCUCUGGCCUUCAACCCGUCAGGCUCGGCCCGCUCUGAACCCAAAGCCUGCCAGGCCAAGAGGCCGUACCUGUUGACCAGCAUCGCCCCCAGGUGUCAGGGCUCGGUGGGCUCCAUCGUGGGCCUGGUCCCUGGCGUCAUCUCUCUGUCUCCGGGCGAGUCCGUGGCCGGCGCUCACCAGGGACGCCACUCCAAGUCGUCCCAGUACCGACGCAUGAAGGCCGAGUGGAAGAGCAACGUGUACCUGGCCCGCUCCCGCAUUCAGGGUCUGGGUCUGUACGCCGCCAGAGACAUCGAGAAAUGCACCAUGGUCAUCGAGUACAUCGGUACCAUCAUCAGGAGUGAGGUGGCCAAUCGCAAGGAGAGGCUGUAUGAGUCACAGAACCGUGGUGUGUACAUGUUUCGGAUCGACAACGACUUUGUGAUCGACGCCACCAUCACUGGAGGACCUGCCAGGUACAUCAACCACUCGUGUGCUCCCAACUGCAUCACAGAGGUGGUGACUGUGGAGAAGGAGAACAAGAUCAUCAUCAGCUCCUGCAGACGCAUCCAGAGAGGAGAAGAGCUGUGCUACGACUACAAGUUCGACCUGGAGGACGAUCAACAUAAGAUCCCCUGUCACUGUGGAGCCGUCAACUGCCGCAAAUGGAUGAACUGAACACGCGCACACACACACACACACACACACACCGGCAGCUCUCUCUCUCUCUCUCUCGGUGCUGAAGCUGGAUGUCGAUCGCCCGCCUCUCUGUGGGCGGAGCUCGACUUCAUAUCAGAAGUGAAUCUAAUAAUAAUAAUAAAACUGAUCAAUACAGGUUUGAUCAGACAGAUAAUAAUGAUGAUGGGGGGGCGGGGUUAUAUAUCAGGGUGGGCGGGGUCACAUGUGAGUGAUUGGCAGGUGAGGGGGCGGGGCUAAUGAAGAGGCUGGUCCUCUGUGUAUAUUGUGUGUAAAAAUGAGCACAGAUGUAAAUGUGAGUUAAACGCCACUGAAAUAACAGAAUGUGUCGUCAAAGGGAGGUUUAUUAACUCAACUUGCACUAAAAUAAAAAAACACAAAACUCCACAAAAAAACAAAUUUCCAGAGAAACUUGAUUCCACGAGUCGCUUUCUUCCUCCUCCUCCUCCUCCUCCUCCCUGCGUUUUGUUAAUUUCCUGUAAGAUAAGAGAUUUUUUUCUUUUUGUAUUUAUUACUGAAUGAAGCUAUUUUCUAAAUCCAUGGUGAGUUCGAGGUCCGGAGUCGCAGCGUGUAAAUAUCUGUACCAUAAUUAAAAAAAGGACAAAGAUAAAAGUCU